ACAUACGUUUUGGACAAAAUGCUUUCUGGUACUUCAGUUCGAUAUGAAAAACUGCCUAACAGCGAAACUGACAUUUGCGACGAGCAGGGCAGUGACCAAGAAAACCAAGAGAAAGAGGAGGACGAAGCGAAGGUUUUUCUGUACUCGACGUUGUCCCAUCGACACGGAAUAGGACAGAAAAAGAGAGACACAUGCCUCCGGCUGUGCGUAGCCCUUGUGCUGCUCACCAUGGCCCUGGGUUUUGUCAUCUGUGAGCGGUAUGGGUGCCUAUCUGAGGGGGACAGCCUUAGGAGUCACACGGCUGCCACCGGGCCUUCUGAGACAGACAAGAGCCAGGAAGAGCACACACACCACCAUGGUGGACACCAGGAAAGUGGAGAGGAGCACGAUCACCAUGGAAACCCAGACCAUCAUCAACAUCAACACUCAAACUCUCUGUAUCAUCAUGGUGUUGUCAUCUCUGACUCUGUUACCUGCUCUGGAGUGGGCAAGGAAAUUCUUGAAGAUGGUGGAAAUUCAGUGGAUGCUGGGAUAGCGACUCUGCUUUGCCUGGGGGUUGUUCAUCCACACACAGCUGGCGUUGGUGGAGUAUUUUCAGGCAUUCAUUACAAUCGCACAUCUGGAACCUACAAAGGAUUUCACUCCACUUUUCCCAAAGCAUCCUCAGCUGCCUAUGGAAUCCCAGCCACACUUCAAGGCGUCAAACAGCUCCACUCCCAGUUUGGACAUCUUAAAUGGGAGAAGUUGUUCACGGGCGCCACAAGACUGGCAAAGGAAGGAUUCCUUGUGGACGGAAGUCUUGCAAGAGCGUUAAAAAGCAACCAGGCAAGAAUAAUCCAAUCCAGCUUGUGUGAUCUCUUCUGUGAUAGAAAGGACACCAUAAAGGCCUUGGGCUCCAGAGUCACUAAUCAGAAGCUAUCUGAGCUUUUGCACGAUGUCAGUCUAAAUGACCAUUUCCUGGAAAACCUAGCCACAAAAUUGGCUGAGGACCUUCCUCAGACGGAGAGGCAAGAUUUUGUUGAGAAUGUUCAGCAGUGCAGAGGAGAAAUCAAUGAUGCCCUUGUUGUGGAAAAACAAGAAUACACCAUUUUUACAGCUGCUUCUCCACUUUCCAGCAGGAUUAUAUCUGACUUACUACAGAGAGCCAGGGAGCAGAACCUACCCCCUUGGAGCAAUACAGAUCUUAACAGUAGUGCCUCCACAUACAUCAAUCUCUUAAGCACUGCUAGACUAAUAUACAAUAAUAGUCUGGCUCUUGAGAGUCAAAGGCUUGAAGGUCUGUUUACAUUAAAAACAGCAGGUAGCCACAUUGGGGUGCUGGACAGUGCUGGUAAUGUUUUAAUCAUCUCCACCUCACUCAACAGUUCAUUUGGAUCUAUGCAACUUUUCCCCUCUACCGGAGUGAUUCUCAGUGACUUUUUUUCGCAUCCCACUGAUAGCGCGCUUCUGUGGAGCUGUCCUUUAGUCCUGAAACUCAAACACGAUGAUGAUGGUGAUGAUGGAGAGGAUGGUGGAGAUGAAGAAGAAGAGGUACUGGCCAUUGGCGUCGUGGGAGGGCUGUCUGCUCCAUUUGCAGCCGCCCAAAUCAUUCUCAACAAGAUGAACAAUGGGAAAUCACCUCUGGAGUCUGUUGCCAGCCCGCUCCUCCAUUUUGAAACAGGGAGCCCAGACUCAUUUUCAGGGUGCGUGUCCGGGGUUUCCAAUGGCACCGAUGUGUACAGGCAACUGCUGGAGAGGGAGGAGCAAAUGCAGAGUGUGGAGCAGUGUUCUGACACCACCUUGGCCCUCAUUCUGCAGUCACAUGCAGGUCACGUAGGAGCCUAUGGAGCGCCAGUAGCCAAUGCUUACACGGACGGCUAUUGAGGACAGCCACCAGUGGACCCCGGCCAGCUCAGGCGGGGAGACUCAAUGAUCUGGCCAGACCGCAGCAUCCAUCAUGUUAAUCUGCUGAUUACAUUAGCCUCCAUCCGCCUGGAGCCAGACAGUCUUUGUGGCCAAUGGUUACAUUGGGAGGACUGUUUGAAUUUACACUGUUGAUGUUGUAGUGCUUCCUGUCCCUCCUCCAGAUGUCUGGUUUCAGCCAACCCGGGAGUGGCAGGUCUUCCACCCUUUGUUUGUUGUCAAACAGGUAUGGCAGGUAUCAGUGCUAUACCUGUAGGUGUGGGGGAUACCUGGGCAGAGGCAAAAGGCUUUCUUUCUUCACAAUCACAGCUGAGAAUCAAGCACCAAAAUGAAUGUCUGUCUGGAAAUAAGAAAUAACACCUGCUUUUAUUUGUGGACCAAAGUUGAAGACACAUGCUGAUUGAAUCCAGAGUUGGAAGGUCUUUGCCCUGAUGGUAAAUAGAUGCCUUAGACAGAAGUAUGAGUAAGGCAAUCAGUGUACCUGAAAAACAACACCCAGUUUGAUCGGUUACUCUAAUUGUAGGACCUAAAAGUUCAAGGCCUAAAUGUUUUCAUGGAGUGAAGCACACAAUAAUACAUUUAUCCAGAAAGGCCUCUAUGAAUGUCUGUGUCAAAUCUGUUCUGAACCACACUGAUCCUAAUUACUUUUCAUAUAUUUAUAUUCUGAUUUGACAUCCCUUUUU